GCCUGGUGGCCUCGGCGCAGCAACGGCAGCCGCCGGCUGGGCCCGCGGGCGGUGACAGCGGCUUGGAGGCGCAGUUCAGCUGUCCUAUCUGCCUGGAGGUGUACCAUCGGCCGGUGGCCAUCGGCAGCUGCGGCCACACGUUCUGCGGGGAGUGCCUCCAGCCAUGUCUGCAGGUGCCAUCCCCUCUGUGCCCGCUCUGCCGUCUGCCCUUCGACCCCAAGAAAGUGGACAAAGCCACCCAUGUAGAGAAGCAGCUCUCAUCUUACAAGGCACCCUGCCGGGGUUGCAACAAGAAGUUUUUCUGCGUGGAUACCCAGCUGUGACAAGCAACUUCAGGAGGACCUGUUUGGACCCCUGCUGGCCUUGGGCACAAACUCUGGAUGCUGAGGACACCUGCCAAGGGCGGGUGACGCUUGCAAAGAUGAGAGUGCAUAUCUCCUCCUGUCUGAAGGUCCAGGAGCAGAUGGCUAACUGCCCCAAGUUUGUCCCUGUGGUGCCCACAUCUCAGCCCAUCCCCAGCAAUAUCCCCAACCGGUCUACCUUCGCUUGCCCUUACUGCGGAGCCCGCAAUCUGGAUCAGCAGGAGCUGGUGAAGCACUGUGUGGAGAGUCACCGCAGCGACCCCAACCGUGUGGUGUGCCCCAUCUGCUCAGCCAUGCCCUGGGGGGACCCCAGCUACAAAAGCGCCAACUUCUUGCAGCACCUGCUGCACCGGCACAAGUUCUCCUAUGACACCUUCGUGGACUAUAGCAUCGAUGAAGAAGCCGCCUUCCAGGCUGCCCUGGCUCUGUCCCUCUCAGAGAACUGAGGUACAGCCUGACUACUCACCUCAAGUUUGGGGCUGAAGACACACUCCCGCCUCAAGGGAUAGGGCUAAUGCCCUCCUGCGCUGGCACCUGCACAGGAACGCACCUCACUGGGCCAAGCGGAAUUUCACACAAGGAGAGCUGGUCUCAGAACCCUCAGGGCUGGGAUCCUGGCUAGCUGGCCCCUUGUCAUCAAGCAGGGCCACUGGGUCCUGGCCAGCCGCACUGGGUCAUCGGUGCUUCGAGGGGCAGGUGCUGGCCAUUGGGUUAGAGCAGUUGGCUGCCUUUCCCAGCCAACGUGACCUCGUGUGGAGAAGGAUGAGGUGCCCUAAGCUGUACCCCAGCAGGACCAGGGAGGAGGCGCCCCGCCAAGGCCGCCAGCCCACCUGGUCCCUAGCUUCGCUUCCACCGUGAGCAAUUGGUACUGGCUUUUGUGAUAUUUAGGAAUCCUGCGUUUUUCUAUCUUAUCCCAUGUGAUAAUCUUUUCACGUUUUAUAGAGCAAAGACAAAGCAGUUACUCUUCUAUUGCAAUACUUGUGUUUGACUAGGAAGAACAGUAUUUUUAUGGAGCAUUUACAAAGUUAUAUUUUUUAAAAAAAAAAACAAUCAAAAAUAAACACUUGUGGGAUCAGUGUAACGAGGAAGGAGAGUGGGUAUAGCCAGGGCUGCAUCUGUGUGUGAGACAGAGAUAAUAUCCCCAAGCCACUCACUCUUAGAGGAGGAGGCUCUUGUUUGCUGUUUUCUUUUUGAUGACCCAGAAGAAAUCUUAGCACCGUGCCUGGCCACUUGCUGUGGCUGCUCCCAGCAGAUAUAGGACAGCCCAGGCAGAAUGGGGGCCUCCUGCCCCAGGAACUGUCCAUGGCCCCCUGUCACCUUGCAGAGCCAACCACAUCCCUCCCUCCUCAGGCAGGGACUGCCCUUACCAGUGGUAGAGCCUGCAGAGGCCAGAGAGGCUGGCUUGGUGGCAGGUCAGGCCAGAAAACAUUUGUCAGCAUCUUGUUCUGUUCAUGGCAUAAAUUGCUGUCUUUUCAAGAGUUUAAAUAAAGUGUUUCCAAGCACCCA